AUGGGUACCGAUAUUGCUCGCGUAACCGAGGUCCGUGAUCUCGGAGUUUACCUAGACAGCGUAAAGUUGGGCAAUGCGUAUUCAUUGAUAAAGAAAGAGAAGUGCCUUCCGGAAAGGAAAGCACAAGCCUACUUCGGUCAGCUCGCUGGUGCUAUCGAGUAUUUGCAUAAAUGCGGUAUCGCUCAUCGUGAUAUAAAGCCUGAGAACGUCGUGUUGGAUGCGAACGAUACCGUAAAGUUGAUAGAUUUUUUGAAGAUCAUAUCGAAGGGCUACAGCUUCCCGGAAAAUGUUACGGUAAGCGACGAAGUGAAGAAGCUUUUUAAACAAAUCUUCAUUCUUGUUGAAAACCGCAUCAACGCUACUCACAUGAGUAGAUGCGAUUGGCUACAAAUGAAACCGGAAAAAACGAUCCUGGGUUCGAAGAAGAGUAUCAUGGAUUAA